AAUCCAACUUUACUGUUAACACACACACACACAAAAAAGACACAAAUCGCCCCAUCCAUCACCCCGCCGAUCGUCGGAAUAAGAAUGGCUGAAACAAAGUCACCCAAGAGGAAGCCUGUUUUCACCAAAGUUGAUAACCUGAGGCCCGGAACAAGUGGUCAUAACCUUGUUGUAAAAGUGGUUAGUUCAAAGUUGGUGCUGCAGAAGGGGCGUCCUGAUGAUCGUCAAAUGAGAAUUGCUGAAUGUUUGGUUGGAGACGAGACUGGGACUAUACUAUUCACUGCUAGGAAUAAUCAAGUGGACUUGAUGAAAGCGGAUAGCACUGUAAUAUUGCGAAAUGCAAAAAUCGACAUGUUCAAGGGAUCAAUGAGGCUUGCAGUGGACAAGUGGGGUCGAGUUGAGGUCACAGAGCCUGCUAAUUUUACCGUGAAAGAAUAUAACAACCUUUCUCUUGUUGAAUAUGAGCUUGUCAAUGUUGUGGAUGAGUGAUAGACAGUAAGGAAUAUAUGCUUGCUGAUCUUUCAUGCUACUACUAUUUAUGGUGCCAUAAGAACUGAAUCACACACUGAUCGAUAGAGUUCCAUUGGUUAUAUCAGAUUGUGGGAUAUCUCAAUAGUUAUGAUGAUCUUCUAUUGCUGAAAAAAGGUAUUUAGGUGAAGAAUCUGGAGUACAAGAAGAAAAUCGGAUGAUAAGGACUGGGAUAAUGGAUGGACCUUGACGGAAUUUAUCGAUUGGUAAGUGAGUUGAACGAGAUAAAACGAGUGUUUGGUUUGGUUUGGUUGUUCUAUUAGUAUUAAGACUUGAAAGUGAUUGCAGAGACGAGUACCUGAACAGUUGAUUUAUGAGUUUAUGAAAUCUGAUACGUGUCUAAGAUAAUAAUUAUGUA